CUACCAUAUCCCAGUAGCCCAUCCCAGUAGCCCAUCCCAGCCCCAGUAGCCCAUCCCAACUCCAGUGAGCCCAUCCCAACUCCAGUGAGGCCAUCCCAACUCCAGUGAGGCCAUCCCAACUCCAGUGAGGCCAUCCCAACUCCAGUGAGCCCAUCCCAACUCCAGUGAGCCCAUCCCAACUCCAGUGAGCCCAUCCCAACUCCAGUGAGCCCAUCCCAACUCCAGUGAGGCCAUCCCAACUCCAGUGAGGCCAUCCCAACUCCAGUGAGGCCAUCCCAACUCCAGUGAGCCCAUCCCAACUCCAGUGAGGCCAUCCCAACUCCAGUCAUUAUGUGGCCAGUGUUCUGGAUGUCCAUGCGGACCUAUGCCCCCUACAUAACCUUCCCAGUGGCCGUCGUGGUGGGGGCGGUGGGGUACCACCUGGAGGGGUUAAUCAGGGGGGACACUACCCCUAAACCUGGGGAGGAGAAGAGCAUCGUGGAGCUGAGGGAGGAGAGGGCAGGACGGGACAGCACCCAGGUCCUCAGUCUCAAAGAGAAGCUGGAGUUUACUCCCCGGGCUGCACUGGACCGCAACCGCCCCGAGAAGAGCUAACCGUGCCUGGGGAGACUGAAGGACAUCCACCCCGUCUAGCCAUGGAGGCCUGGAUCAAGGGUGAAAGGAGUGGGGGAAGUCAACCAUAGGGAUUUGAGACAAUAUCGUCCUACAUAGUCUACACAUGCUCCAGCCAAGCGGUUUCAUUCAUGCCCAAAAGCACUCUGACAUACUGUACCUGGACGUCAUUGGCUUGGGCACCUGUGGAACUGACCUGUUGGAGACUGGAGGAUCAUGGGAGAUGAAGUCCUUAUAUUAGAUGUACGUCUCUCUCUCAUACUCAAACAUACUGGUUAGUAAUUGUUAAUUUUUGUAAUCAGGUUCACCACAUAACCCAUUGGUGUCUGUAUUUCAAGGCUUAGUAUAUAAGUCCCUGGGCACUCAAACUGGUGACUACCGCUGGGGCAACUUCUAUAACGGGGUUCUCCAACCCUGUUCCUGGAGAGAUACCCUCCUGCAGGUUUUCUCUCCAACCCCAGUUGUAACUAACCUGAU